AAAACUACCUUGGGUUUUGUAUUGGCCACAAUUGAAUAAGAUAUCGACUGCCAAGAAGGACAUGGCGAUGCCGCUCGUAUCCGCAUCCACCGCUGCUUGCACUGGCCCGCCAGACGCACAUGCAAUGGAGACAUCGCCAUUCUGCCAAUGCUGCCAGGUCGCCUGCCACCGCUUCCGUCCGGCCAAACCAUGCAGCGUUCGUGUCCUUUCGGCCGUUUCUUUGUCUUGACAAGCUAUUUCUUUUCUCUAAUCGAUUUUUAUUUAUAACGUUGUGACUAAAUAUGGCUACAGUUCUGCCACGCACAGGUCUGUCAAUUCUGCUCAUGUGGUAGUGAGCCGCACGUGCUGUGUAAGAGCUGCCAGCCGCAAGUGCGCGGUGCCCAGCCCGCCUUCUCCUUCCGACAGUUACUUUGGCGCUUUAAGAUGCUGCCGUUCGGCUGUCGCGGCGAGAAGUGGCUCUUCCUAGUGCGCAAGCGGCAGUCAUUCGUGGUGCCCACAGACCUCACGGCAGACGACUAUCAGUGGCUCGUGCAUCAUCUAUCCAAGCAGCGCCGAUUACAGGGAGCGCAGUUGGAGCAGAAACGAACUCUCGACAGGGAUGUUGAUCGCACAUUUCAGCAGCUACAAAUUCGUAUUGCCAACUCCAAGCGGUCGAAUUUUCUAACCAAGUCACAGUAUUCGACAUCCGACUUGAAUGCCUGGAAAUCCAACACACAUCAGCUGCUGAGUGUGUUCCUGAUGCUCAAGCCUCAGAUUGGAUACUGCCAGGGAAUGACGUCUGUGGCGGCGGUGCUUGUGCAAGAGUCCAAGAUGAACAGCGAGAUGGCGUUUCGUCUGUUCCUGGCUCUAUCAGAAAAGUACAGACUGGACGAUGUCUAUCGUCCCGACAUGAAAGAUGUGAACCUGCGCUACUUCCAGCUUGAUGAAGCGCUACGACUGCAUCUACCGCGUUUGCAUGCCCACCUGUCAGAUCGGGAUAUCCACCCUUCAACCUACGCAUCUUGCUGGAUCCUGACCUUGUUCACAGAAUGCCGACUGUUUCCCCAUCGUUAUGUUAUUGCGUUCCUGGAUUUGUUUUUUGAGUUUGGAUGGAAAGUGUUUUUCCAAACGUGCUUGGCUGUCUUCAGCAUAAUUGAGGUACUGUACGCCUUAUGCAACCACUUGAUUCGGUUUCUAAGAGAAACAAUUUCACUCAACCCGUGUAGACUCCACUCCUACGCAAGCCAACACCUGAAGACAUCUUCGCCUACUUAUCGAAAGUUAACUGGUUCCAUCGACACAAGUCCGACAGCGACGUCGACCGUUUUUUUGCGACUGCGAGAGCUUUCAAUGUAAGCGUGAUAUGCUGUGCGUAAGGUGUAGGAAUCCUACUUAAUCAUCUGGUGUUUUUGUUGUCGUCAGAUCUCGAGCUCUUUCUUGGACGUGCUGCAAGGUGAAUACUCCACCGAGGCCAGCAUGAGCAUGAACGAAUACGAUUGAGAGGAAAAGGGACAUUUGGUUCACGAAGGCACAUGAAGAGCCGCUCGACUACGAACAAUGGAGUCAUCAUUCUCCCAUAGUAACACAAGACACCAGCAAUUAGCGCAACCAAGUUGACAAGACCGGUGACAUCGAGGACAUGACGAGCGUAAAGCUCACGGCAUGACACAUGCCAAGAAGCUGCAUGCAAGAGAAUAGUGGGGGGGGGGGGGAUUUCGCGUUAAGCUUCGUUGUAAACGCUACGGCCUAAUAAUUAUAACUCGACAAUUUUGCUCCUUCGCUGGACAUCAUUUUCCUUGCAGGCUCAGCUUAUACUUCAAGCU